AUGGCCCAAGAAGCAAAGCGCAGAAAGUCAGGUCAUGGAGGAAUCAAGUUUAUUGAUCAGACAAUAGAAACUGCUCGAUUGGUCGAGAAGGGACGGCCUAAACUGCCUGGCACUUCUAUAAUCAAUUUUGAGCAAGGAGGGAGUAGAUUGGAAGCUAAUGAUAAUCAAUCCAUGGAGUCUGAUAUUGCUAAUAUUCCAAUGAUUUUCAACCAGGAAAUGGUUGGUCUCUUUUUCUCUCCCGAAGGAUACGGUCUGCAAGAUCUCCAGGAUCCGCCGCAUCCUAUCCCCGACUUUGUGGAGAGUAUCAAUAGUUCUGAGCCAGAAAAUUACAGUCACGACAGAAAGAGCGUAACGGAAGAUGCACAGCAUCAUCAAAUUUCCCGGAUAAGUUCCCAUUCUCAUCAAUCACAGCUUGUGGCGCCAUACAAUGCCCAGAAUGAAAUAGGACUAAUAAUGUUCUACACGCAAGAAGUUUGUCAAUUUUACACAAUGAAAUCACCCAACUGGAAUUUAUAUGCCUAUAUGGGAAGCAGGUUGGCGUGCCAAUACGUUCCACUUAAGUAUUCUAUUUUGGCCUUAUCAGCACUACAUAUGUCAAUCAGAGAUGCUACGCCCAUGGAUCUUGCAAAAAAGUAUUAUGAUGAAGCACUAGGUGCUGUUAUGCAAGAGAACUUUAAUGGUGGUAAAGUUUCCGUUGAGCUUCUUCUGACCACAUGUUUUUUCCUGCUCCUCUUUGACAUCACUAGGGGUACUAAACAUGCAAAACAAAUCCUUCGAAAAGUCUGGUUCAAAUUGCAAAUAGGGAGAUUUUUUGAGCAAAAUGAUAGCCCUGCUUCUCAAAAUUUGAGCCCAUAUAGCUACCAAAUUCUUUGUUAUUUACUCCAAAUGGAUAUCAGAUCAGCUUUGUUUUCAGGGAAUAUCAGUUUUCCAGAUUACGUUACUCUAUCUAAAGAGAAGAAGAAUCCCAAUAUAGAGUAUUUGAAAAAGUCCAAGUCUUACGAUAAUCAGGCAUCCGAUAUUGCAAGGCUGACACAAGGUGUCUCUGGAAACAUUUACGGAGACUCGUAUCCCAAUGACUUCUCCGAAGAUGACUCGCUUAUUGACUUAAUCGUUGUUAUAAACAUGCGAAACAUCAUGACUUUAGGACGUAUUGUUAGGUUACGCAAUUGGCUCAACCAGUGUGGAAAUUCUACGGAGUUUGACUCAAGCUCUUUCGAAAAAGAAAUCGACGACCUAGUCUUGGAGAACCGCAAAUUGGUGAACCUGAAAACUGAUCGUGAUUUGGGUCCAAAUGUGCGGUUCUCGAUUUUAAUUUGUUAUGCGCUUGGAUAUUGUGCUGUGAUUCUCUAUGAUCGGGUCUGCCGACCAUCCAUAAGAACAAAUGACCGAUGUCAAAGUGCUGCCACUGAAAUCAUGAAAAUCACAAUUGAACUAGCUAGUCUUCGAAAUUCUCGAUAUCCAAAAUCUCAACUCUGGCCUUUUCCACUUUUGAUUGCAGGAAUCGAGACAACAGAUCCAAUUUACCAAAGAUGGGUUUUAGAUCGGUUUGUCGAGUACGAGAAGCAAGGUUGGGGUGUGCAUAUGACGAAAGCAAUCUCUCUUCUAAAAGAGUGUUUCCGUAGGCAAGCAUCUUCAGAUUCUCGUGUUGAUCUUGGAGAAGUGAUGGAUACAACGACGGGCACUUUUGUUCUGUGA